UUGAGUUUUUCCCUCGGUAUAUUUUCCUAAUGCACACCUCUUCGCGAAAUACGUUUUCCUAAUUAUCCUUCGUCUUAGCGGAAUAUAUUUUUUGAUACACACGACGAGAGAUUCUUCGCGAAAACGUAACGCAACCAUCUCUGCCACUUCACGUGCCGCGACGUCAGUGAAGUGAGGCAGCAAAGACUCGCUAGAAAAUUUCACGCGAUUGCAUUUCAAUAUGGCGAACCGCGACAAAGGACGCAGAAAUUGGGGAGGAUUUUCACAAGUUUCAGACUUAAUGAAUUCUAAAUUGGAGAAAGAUAGAUUGACGGGAAUGCGUGGCGGAGGAAAUAGAGCAUCUCAGGCCUUAUAUAGACCAGGAAGUGGCCCUUUACGUAAGUCAGACAGAUCUGGCAAUGCUGUUGAUGAAUAUGACAACGAAAAUGGCUCGCAUGAAAAACCCAGAUCAACCUCCGUCCAGUAUCGUUUGAGACAGUUACAAGUCAAUAGAUCUAAUCAAGCACAGGAUAGUCCACCUCUGUCACAAAUCGACAAUGUAACUGAAAAAUUAAGCAAUACUCAUAUUGACUAUAGAAAUAUCAACAACAGUGAACCUGCACAAAGUACUGGACAUAACAUCAGUGGAGGAGGGAAUGAUUCAAAGAAGAAAAAUAGGAAACCCGAGCAAUUGCUAUAUGUACCAAAAAAAGUGAAGGAAGCAUUGGCUGAACAGGAUGGGACUAAUAGAUCUCCCAAUCAUACAGCAUGGGAACGAGAGAGGGAAGAGAGCGAUGAUCGUGAUUCCUAUUCUAACCGCAGUCACAAAAGUGAGCGUAAUCGCGCGAGCAACAACAAUGUACGAGACAAUGCUAGUGAAAGCAGGGGCAGAGAUGAUAAUAGUAAACGAUAUUCAGGCAAUCGUCGACAUCGUCAUGUCAAUGAAAAUGAGGAACGUUGGCGAACCGAUUCGCCGGUAUCUGCUAGAAACUGUGCGAAUCGAAAGGAUAAUUUACGGGAAGUUAGACAGGGUUCUGAACCUUUGUCUAUGACGAAUCAGAAUGAUUUUAAUCGUACAAGAGACACGCGCAGUGUGGAACCCAUUGGACAUUCAGAUAAAUUUCAAGGCAAACCACCCUCUGGCAGACGUAAUGCAAAAGACAGUUUGUCGAAAAAUAUGAAGUUGGAGCUUUUGCCACCACGGCUGCAAAAGAAAUAUCUCAUUGAUAAUGGAUACGCAUUACCUAACAGCCCAGGAACAUCUGCAGAGAAUACCUGGAAUGGUAGCAGUGUUACAUUUCAGGCUUCAUCCGGUUAUAAUUAUCCAUCAACGAUACAGCAUUCGCAAACAAUGCAAAACUUGCCACCAUCUGGAUCAUUAUCAUCACAAUCUAAUUGGGCUAAUACUGUACCAGUGAGAAGCAGAGGAAGAGGUAGACUCAGGCCAGAGGAAUUGGAAAGUACAGCAAGUAAUUUCAGACCUACCACUCCUGAACAAUAUUCGGCGCCAAGUUCCAGAUCUCAUACUCCUAGCCAAGAAUAUAUGAAUCGGUCUUAUGAUCGUCGUGGUAGUAACAGCACUAUGUAUACUAGUAUGGAGAGCUUAAGUCGUGCCGACAGUACAAUGAUGCCACCACCGUCAUCUGCAUCGCCGGCAACUUCACAAUCCAAUUCAAAUAGAGGUCACAGGUCACCUGAGACUCAUCGCAGAGGUGCAACAUCACCGAUCAACAAUCGCACUAGCAAUAUGCAAAGAAUCACCAGUAACCCGUUCGAGCACAAUUCAAGCCUAGACAAACAGAGCAAUCAACAAAACACGAAUCUUAAUUCCAUGAAAAACGAUUCAUUUAAUUUAUCGUCUGUCACUGUAAUUGAAACAUUUGAUUGGAGCGAAGAAGUUGAAUUGACCGAGAAGUUGGAACAGGAAUAUUUGAGCCGCAGUUCUUCUGUCUUAAGUAUACGCGAGAGCGCAAGUAUGCCGCGAAAUCAGGCCGUAGGCGAGAGUUUCAAGCGACGUAAAAAAAAAAACGAGAUAAACGUGAUGCUGACCGGUAAUAGCAGAGACAAAGGGCGAGGUAAUAGCCGCGAAAGACAAAAGAAUCAACAGAACAGAGAGAACGAUAAUUAUAACGUUAGUCAAAAGAAUAAUAACAAUAACAACAACAGUAACAGACGAUACGAUCACAGAAGGCGUAGUAUAAUUCAGCGAAGCCGAGAAUCGAGUAAGGACCGAAAUUAUGGCACCAGUUACAGAAGUUUUGAUGAUCUUCACAGACGCAGAACUGAUAGAUACUUGGACGAAGAUUGGAGAACAGGCAGGAAGAUAUCGACUUGCGAAUCUGAUGAUGGCAGACAAACUCCUAAAGUUUCUUCUCAUACCACUUCUCUUCCGAGUGUGAAUUCCAACUCGGCACAUCAUUCACCUCCAACAGGAUACAGUAAUGCUCAGCCAGGAGUUUUGAUCUUGCCUAACGAUGCUAAUCAGUCGUCUCCCAAUCAGACGGCCGCAGCUUCUCAACAAGGAACUGGACAACAACAGCAGCAACAACAAAGAACUCUGUUUGAUCCAAAUAACCCACAUAAACCUAUUGUUAUCACUUCACCUGGAAGUAGAGCUGUACAAAGGGACAGUGACAUGCAAAUCUCGAGUGUUCCAGUAUUCCAGUCUAACGUAGGUGUCACACCGUCACAUUAUUCUUUUCAAAGUACCCAAUUGGACGGUAUGCCAUCACCAUACAUGAAUGAUCAAAUUGGAAAUAUGAGACCUUCGUGGUACGAUCCAUUUUCAGCCAGUUUUCAUUCAGCAAAAAAUCACUGCCUUCUUCUGGAUAUAGAACGUGCCGAUCUGGAACUACAAUGGAUAAUAAGUUCCGGUGGUUUUAUGUCGCGUUUGGACAGAGUUUCGUACAUACGACACUUCUUGCAACAGAGCUUGAAGAUUUUGCUUGAGACAGAUAUCAAAUUCUGUCAGGCAGAAAACGUUGAGCAACAUUUUUGGAAAAUAUUAUUUUAUAAUCUGAUCGAGAUGCUACGAAAAGCGAUGCCCAAAGAGAACUCAGAAGGACGGGAACGUUACAAGCAGAUAAUGUUAAAUAUCAUUGAUGAGGGUACGACUUAUUUGGAAAGUUUAUUGACUACUCUUGAAACUACAUAUGAAUUUAAGUUGGACACGUUUCUCGCGUCAUCGAGUCUACCCAAGGGUCUCGGACUCUUAGGACUGGCCUUAGUCAGUGCCCAAAAGAUAUUUCUAUUCUUGGGUGACUUAGCGAGAUACAAAGAACAAGCAAAUGAAACAACUAAUUAUGGAAAAUCUAGACAGUAAGUGGUAUUAAAAGCUCAGCAAAUCAAUCCUAAAAAUGGCAGACCUUACAAUCAGCUUGCUUUAUUGGCACAUUAUGCAAGACGGAAAUUGGAUGCUGUGUAUUACUACAUGCGAUCUCUUAUGGCGUCCAAUCCUUUCCAUUCUGCCAGGGAGAGUCUAAUAGCCCUCUUUGAUGAAAAUAGAAAAAAGUAAGAAAAUUUAUGAAAAGUAUCGUUAAAACGUUUGUAUUUAUACUACUACGAGUCUAUUGAACGUAAACGGAAGGAAGAAAGGGAAUCGAAGGAGCGGGCGAGGUGAAAGAAAAGGAAGGUGCAAAACAUUAUCGGUGGUGGACUGAGGAGAGAGACGUGGAUUCAUCCGGGUGACGGUAGACGAGUGCGACGUACAACCAGCGCGGCCACUGCCAACGAGACAAGGUUGUCCCACACAAGCGACUUGGAGGAGUUAUCGCAAUUAACAAGUGUUGAGGUUUGUAAUAAACGAUUCGUCACUUCAUAUCUACACGUUCACGGGAAGCUCAUCACCAAGAUAGGAAUGGAGACUUUUCAAGAAGCCGGCGUUCAAAUGCUAAAGGAAUUCAGAGCCCUGUUGCAGCACUCGCCGUUACCACUUCCUGGCACUCGUCUACUUCAACUUUUGGCGCUUAACAUGUUUGCUAUCGAGACUACGCAGCUGAAGGAUUCCCAGAUGGAGCAGGGCUAUAGAUCAGAGGUCCAAGAACGGGCGCUCGUAGUAUCGCUACAGAUGUUCAGCCUGAUCUUGGAACGUGGUGUAUCUCUGUUGAAAGCUCAGCUAGACAGCGGGCAGGAACCGCGGCUGGUGGUCGGCGAGGAUCUACAAGUGCUUCUACCGGCUAUUAAAAUUUGGUGCGACUGGAUGCUCUGUCACAGCACAGUUUGGAAUCCUCCGCCUUCCUGUACGGAUUACAGAGUCGGGCCGCCGGGAGACGCGUGGAGCAGGUUGGCAACGAUGGUGAAUCUUCUAGAAAAAUUAAAUUACACCAGGACGACCUUGAUCCAGGGCAAGGAUACCGAAGAUCGCGAAGAGGGCAAAGAUCUGGAGCUUGUGAAAUUACCGGAAGAUAUUACGCUGGCGGGAUUCACGCCGCUCAUGUUGAAUCCGCAGGAUCCUUGCUAUGUGAAGAAAACGGAAGACAUGGAAGUGGCUCAGGUGUGUCUGAGGAUAAGCAAGAUUCUCUUCUUCGGUCAAGUGUUCUUGUGCGGCUUGGAGACACCGGUGUUGAAACUGCAAAAGAGCGAGACCGGCGUCAGCGAAUACGUUUCCGUGGUCGAGGCUUCGAGCACGAGUUCGCCGAGUUCGCCGCCGACACAGAGCGACUCGGAGCUUAUGGUGGAGAGUUACAGCGAAGGAGAGGAGGAGCCGAUUUCCACGUUGAGAAGAUUACCCUCGUGCGGCAAUGUGCCCGACGAUGCAACGGCUCCCGUGGCGGCUGUCGAGAUAAGGUCGCUGAUCGAGAGGAAGGAAGAACUCGAGAGGCGGCAGCGGAAACAAGAUCGGCAUCGACAGCGCGUACAGGCCAUUUUGCAAAAAUCCUCGGUAUCGGUGGACAUCGAGGUGAGACCGAGGCAAUUGGUGCCGGACACGAACUGCUUCAUCGACUACUUGCCGCAAUUGCAAAUCAUUGCGAGGGCCACUUCCGGCGCGCAGCCGAUCUACACUCUCAUGGUGCCGCUUGUCGUGCUAAACGAACUCGAAGGUCUGGCACGGGGCGCCGAUGCGAGAGAUUGUCCUCCAGCGUCGAGGGCGGCUCUGAAUCCCGAACAUGUGGCGCGAGUCGCCGAGAGCGCAAAGGCAGCUCUGGCCUUCGCGAGGAGCCGAAAUCCGGCGAUCCGGUGCUUAACCACAAGAGGUACCGUUCUCACAUCCAGCACUUUUACGUUGGAGGAGGACGUCGACAAGGAUGGACUGACACGCAACGAUGACAGAAUAUUGACUACGUGCCUCAGUCUUUGCAGGAGCAUCAGCAAAGAUCAGGCAAAUGCAGAGGAAGGGCAGCCGCGACGUCUGAGACGGGAGGUGGUUCUGCUCACAGAAGAUCGGAACCUCAGGGUGAAGGCUCUGGCCAGGGACGUACCCGUGAGGGAGGUGCCCGACUUCAUGGAAUGGGCUGUAUUAGGUUGAGGCGGCAUUAAGUGAUCGCGACCAAUUCCAAUCCUCACUUGACAAGAAAUCUUCCGUGUUCCUAUCGCGCGAGCUCGACCAAACGUAACGAGAAGAAGUGCAAAGACAAGUAGGAGAAAAAGAAGACGAAGCUAGCAGAAGAAGAGGGACGCUCGUCAUCGUUGACGAGCAAUUCAUUGCUAUCUUCGUCGCGGAUCUGCUUCGUGUCCGAUCGACCGUCAACUGUGCGCGCACAACGCAGUUGUCAUCGUGUAAGUUCGUCCUAAACAAGGUAUUUAGAUUAUUUUCUGAUGAUACUCUUUUUCUUCAAUUUUUUUGUAUCCCACCAUGAAGCGAAACCACAAAGUGCGACGCGAAUGAGAGCAAAAUCUAAGAUAGGGGCAGAGGAAAAAAGGGCAAAGCGCGCGCGAUCGUGUAAAAUUGCAUUGAAUGAAAUACGGUACUAUCGGAUAGGAAAAAAGAAGAUGGCUUGUCGUUUCGCUUUACCGGAAACGCGAGUCAUUCGAAGGCUUCUCUCGAGCGUGACAUUUCCUAUUCUCUAAUUGUUCCGUUUAUCGUGAACCGUAUAUCUAGAAACGUGCAGGCGUACAAAUCCCGAAGAGAGCCUUUUCGCAUGAGGAUGACUCGCGUGAUCUGAAAGAAUGAGUGUACGGCGAUGGCGACAGACAGUUAACACCAAAAGAUAAUAAUUGCCGGAGGAUGUUGGACGUUUCGAGGAAAAAAGUAAAGAGAAACGGUAUAAAAAAAUUAUUUUAAGGUUGUUAUCACUUUGUAGAUUUUUUUUUUAUCCUAUCGCCUAUUGGCGGCUGUAUAAUCAUUUUGUAUAAUUUUGUUCGCUGGUAGUCACUUUGUUCAUCGAGUCGUUAUUAAAUGUUUUUAUACAUGUGAGACGAUCGCAAAACUUUUAUCGCCUUUUAUCGUCCCGCGUGACAUUUUCCAUGAGGGAAUUAUCCCCUUUAUUUUUUCCACGUUAAAGAGUCAUUAACAUCAUUACCUUUAAGCUAUCGUGAAUUGCUAAGGUGAAUUGUUAGAUUUAUUUUCAAUGAAUGACUACAAUAUGAUCAUUGAAGAUAUCGUCAAGAU